GUCUCAGCCAUCAGCUGACCGGGGAGGAGCUGCGGCCGGCCGCGAAACAAAGGCGGCGCCCCCGGCAACAGAGCCAGGCCGGAGAGGAGCGGGUCCGGGGGCCGCGCGGCGCACCUGCCAGUGGGGAGCAGCAGCAGCAUCUGGACAGGUCUGCAGUUCCACUAUGGGCGGAUCCUUGCUGCAGUGUUGUGUGUGAGGGGUGCCAACUCUAUUGGAUCCAUGGCGGUUCAGCUUUGGGAUUCCCUCAAUGGGAAUUUCUCGGAUUGUCCCAACGGCUCCCGGUGGUUGUGGGAAGUCUUCUCUGAAUGUGCUCAGGACGGCUGGGACAUAUCCAGCGUGGUGCUGGGCCUGGUCUCCAUCGUCUGCUUUGCUGCGGCUGCCUUCCCCCAAUAUUACCAGGCUUGCAAAACUGGCAUCAUGGAUCAGGGCCUGUCCAUCUUCUUCCUCUUGGGAUGGUUGGGCGGAGACCUCUUGAACUUCAUUGGUUCUGUUUUGGCUGACCAGCUGCCGCUGCAGGUUUACACGGCCAUCUAUUAUGUCCUGGCUGACCUUGUCAUGAUCUCUCUCUACCUGUACUACAAAAUUAAGAACCAGAACAGAAGCUUAUCCGCCCCGAUCAAUGCAGUCUUUGCCAUCAUUUUGCUGGGAACGGUGUCAACAACGUCCUUGCUGGGCAGACCCCGGCCUCACAGCAGCGAGGGGACCCGGCUGUUCCAAGGAAGGAUGCUUCUCUCCAUCGAGACUGAUGAGCGUGGAUGGGAGCCCUUCACCCAGAAGGAAAUAAUUGGCUUUGUGAUCGGGUCCAUUUCAUCGCUGCUGUACCUGCUCUCUCGAGUCCCUCAGAUCCACAAAAAUUUCAAGAGGAAGUCCACCAGCGGCAUCUCCUAUUCCCUGUUUGCCUUGGUGAUGCUCGGGAACACGUUCUACGGCACAAGCGUUUUGCUGAAAAACCCAGACCGAGGUCAGAGCGAAGGCAGCUACAUCGUCCACCAUCUCCCCUGGCUGAUCGGCAGUUUAGGGGUUCUGUCUCUGGAUAUAUUUAUUUCGUUCCAAUUCCUUGCCUAUCGGCAGCAGACGCCUCCGGCUGUUGAAGAGAGAGAUGCUCUCCUUGGCGCACAAGAGCAGCCUGAGGACAGCUGACGGAUGCCGACGGACAGAGGGGUGCAGCUAGCAUCACUGUGGUGGAGAACCUGCCCAAAGGGACUUUGGACCUCCUGCUACUGGAGAUGUCUGACCGGGUCUUCUCUCUUCCUGGAGCCAGGGGUCCAAAGAAGGCAGGUCUUCAGCAUUUAACUCUUCAUGGACCACUUUCUUAUUUCUCCAAAAAACCAAAACCCCAACCACACAAGGUCUGAGCUGGACGCGGAUCUCCAUCCUCAUCAAAAUAGAAAAGGGAGGAAUUAUGGGGUGUUGGUCGUAUAUUUCAAGAAACACUCUGGAAGCACAAGAAGAAUUCACCUCUGGUGCUAAUGGUAGAAACUACCUCUUUGUGGAUCUUUAUCUUCACCACUCUUUGUUCAGACCAGGUUGUAAGGGACAGGAAUCUGUUGGGAGUGCAUGGGGCAUUAUUUCAGAUACACAAGGGGAGGGGCGGAAAUAAAGCUCAUAUCCAUC